CGUAAUUACCCUUACGACCUAAUUAGGGUUUCCCCUUGGGUAUAUAUAUAUAGAGGUCAUUAGGCAUAGAUCAGAACACACCAAUCUUACGCCUCCUCUCUGCCUCUCUAUUCUCGUGAGUCUCAUCCUCACCAUAGCCAUCAUAACGAUACACCUUAAACGGGAACUCGAUCUGCGUGAGAAUCAUGACCUCAUCCCUAACUACGUUUACAGGAUUAUCAGAUUAUCACUUGGUGGAGAAGAUAGCGAAUUUCACUCGAGAAAGAAUCCCUGAACGAGUUGUCCAUGCGAGGGGGGCAAGCACCAAGGGCUUCUUCGAGGUCACGCACGACGUCACCCACCUCACAUGUGCCAAUUUUAUCUGCGCCCUCGGCGUCCAGACGCCGCUCAUCGCCAGGUUCUCCACCGUCAUCCACGAGCGCGGCAGCUCCGAGACCAUCCGCGACCCUCGCGGCUUCGCCAUCAAGUUCUACACCCGGGAGGGUAACUUCGAUUUGGGAAGGCUAUCGAGGAAGCAGGAAGCUCAGCUAAUACUCCAAAAGGAGGCGAAACACCACGGAGAACCAGGAGAUGAAAUCAGAAUUGAGCAACAAGCUAAACCUACCUAUGCGGAAAUUCUUACAUCCACGGAGGUACAAACAAAUCUCAGUUUCUAUCAAUUUGAAGAAGUAAAUGGAAAAAGGAUUGCUAGGUUUACUGACGAGGAUGUGAUUGAGGAAAAAGGACUCUGGGACAAUGCGGUUAUCUGCUAUAUCCUAGGAGCGAAUCCACCUCUGGAAAUCGUAAAAGGAUUUAUCGCCAGGAUCUGGAAGGAUUAUACAGUGGAUGAUGUGAGUUUCCAUAAAGAGGGCCAAUAUAUUGUAAUGUUUCAGAAACCUGAAGAUAGAGAUGAAAUUGUGAAAAGGAAAUACUACUAUUUUGACAAUAAACCGAUGUUAGUACAGAGAUGGAACCCUGGGAAACAGCUGAAUAUCCAGGAACUGAGUGAUGUCCCAAUCUGGGUCCAAUUUCCUAACCUUGAUAUGAGGACUUCAAUAUGCAAAUCUAUGAGGGAUCUAUUGAAGGUUUUGGGAGGGCAGUGCGUAUGAUACCAGGAGGGAAACAAAGGAAAAAGUGGAUUGCUGUAUGGGCUACUUGUGUUUAUCAAAUCUGGAGGUGGAGGAAUGCCAAAAUGCACCAGCAAAGAGGAGAUACUGGGAUGCCUACUCAACAAGCUAUAGCUUAUAUAAGAAACUACUUAGAAUAUA